AUGUCUGUCUCAGCACUUCCCACAGAGCUCAUGCACGAGAUCUGCAGCCAUCUGGAGCUGUGCGACUGGUGUGGGUUUCGUAUCACUUGCAAAGCCGUGUACAUCAAGUCACUGGAAAGUUCUGCGGACCGGUAUUUCAAGAGUAUCGGACUCAUGCUCACCCGCGAAAGCCUUUGUCGGUUGGAAGAGCUCGCCGCGCACGAUACCUGUCGGACACGUGUUCAAGAGCUAUGGAUAAGGCCAUCCUUAUUCGAAGCUCGUUACGAGAUGGACCUGGAUUCCUUUAAGAACGCAAUCGUUUCAUUGAACAGCAAAAAAUCGGCCCAUAGGAUCAAGACUGAGUAUAUUGCGUACCAAAGUCUAGUAGCAGAACAUCUCAGUAUCAUCGAAUCUGAUACUCUUAGCAACGUUCUCAAGAAAUGCGUUGCGCUCUUUGAUAACCUAACGAUCAUCAGAUUGCAACACGACACUGAUGAAUUUUUCUGGGAUCGAUCAAUCAAUGAUCGAUUCCGGUGCAUCGGUUGGCGUGCUGCUGGACGCCAGCUUGGAUUUGAUCCUUUCGGUUUGGCGAUUAAAAAGCCCAUGCACAACCUUUUGAAGACCAGAGCUAAGGACCAAGCUGUAGCUUUCUCAGCUCUCCUGGACGCAGUGGUAAGCUCCAAGAGGAGAAUCAAAAAGCUGGAAACAUGCGGCCAUGAGCAUUGUGCUUUGCCAUCUGCAGAUGUUAUACUCAACCAAACAAGCCAGUCUCUGAUCUCGUCCCUGGAAGAAUUAGAAUCUUUACAUCUCUGCACCAGCAUCUGGGAGCCACAGCUUGAUAAUUCUACAUUCAAGAGCCUUGUCAAUCUCCCUAUAAUGGUUGCACCAAGUCUCAAGGUGCUAACAUUCUCUCAAUGGGACCUGAACGGCGCACUGGACCCUCAAUAUUUUGACAAUCUCUCCCAGCGCAUCAAUUUUACCCGCAUAGAAGAAAUUAAUCUUUGCUCAAUUGAAAUCACCCUUGAAACCUUGAAAGCCUUCUUACGCACAGCAAAGCCGACAUUGAGGGCUCUAUCCCUACAAUCAGUAAACUUGAGAAGAGCUUUGCCCCCAACGGACAACCACACUGGCCAUCACCGGGAUGUUUUUCGGGACUAUCCCGGGAUGAUUGAAGAGAGCAGAUCUGCUUGGCAACAGGUUCUGAAUUUCCUCGGGGACGAGUACUCACUAAGAGCGAUUGCUUUGAAGAAUGUAGGUUAUCGAGGCUAUCGUGUACUCAUGGAAGAUGAUUUGAGCAAGCUGAGUGGCUCCCUGGAGCCAACUUUCGAGGCUUGGCGUAUUUUCAAUGCUGAGGGAGCUGGCGUUUCCUUCGAAGAAUGGAUUGCUCAGUUACGACCGAGCCUAUCGCAGGGCCCGCUGGGUUAUAUUAAUUCCCUGCCAGGGAAAGAUUAUAGUGAGUGGGUCACGCCGGCUCGUUUUUAG